AUGCGGACACUCGCCGUGCCCACCAGGCGGCCCCUCGCAACUCUCCAUCUUGUUGCCCUCUUCGCCGCAACGACAGCACGUCCACCCAUUAUGGUGAUUCUUGAUGUCUUUGACCCAGCAUUCGUUGGAACCACACAGGUUCGAGUCCGCGAUAUGUUCCGUACUGCGACCAGACCAAUUCGGGGGUUGGCACAUGUUCAUACGGCGAGUGCGAGGGUUCAGGGUGGCGUAGUGGCAGUAGCUGACGCCGUUGGGACCUUGAGGGAUGAUGCAGCCGCAGCGGUAUACGCGGAAGGUGCGCCAGCACAUGGUGGUGGUGGGAGGAGGAGGUGGUGGUGGUUUGCGAUAGGGAAUGCAUCGACGGGAGAUGAGGCCAAUCAGCGAGAUGGAGGCCCACUCGCGUCUCUGGCUUUCACCGUAGUUUGA